GGAUCGGAAAUAAACAUAUUAGCGCAUUGAAAAAAGAUAUUGCUAUGUUUUUGGAUCAUUCAGGUACCUCUGAUCAAGCAAUUGAUACUUUAUCUAACAUGCAAGAUAAUGUCGCAAGAGAGCUUGUAAAGUAUCAGGUGAAUGCAUUAAUUACUAAUAUCGAUGAAUAUCACAACAUUCAUGAUUUACACAUUCCAACAACUACGUCGACCAGUACGGUUGCUCACAUGACUACAGUUCUUGCCAUCCCAAUAUCUACAGCAAGUGCGAUUCCAAAGAGUGUCGGAGAUGCAAACAUACAUAACCC